AUUUGAAGAAUAACAGUCUGCACAACCUCAUCUCAAAGGAAAAAGCACUUCCCGUAAAUGAUGAUCAAAAACUAAAUGCUUAGAGUAAACACUUCAUAUUAUUCUCCGUGAUCUCGAGUACAAUAAGCUCUGUACCUGAUCUAAACUUGUUUGAUUUAGGGUAUCCAAUGUGGAGUGAUGAUCCCCAAACCGUCCAGGGGAAGCUUGGCUUGGAAUGCGACGUGACGCAGCCUCUGGUCUUGGUACGAUUAGCUAACCGUGCAUGUGCAAUAAACCUGAACAAUCAGCCUGAAUUCCUUCAACAAUAGAAUUCAUGUCUCACAUCUAACCCCAAAUCCAUCUUCAACAUGGAUCCCAGCAGGGAGAAUCUCCUUAAUGGAGCCGACCGUGCAUCUUUUGACACAAGCGACGAUUCCGACGCUUACUCUGACAUCGAUGCAACUGAUUAUCUCAACAAGAAUAAGAAUUCCCAAUCUGAUGCUGCAGGCAAACGUCGUUUACGACUUCUUCGGAGCUGGCGCGCAAAGAAAUGCUGCUUUACCGUCAUUGGAACAAUCAUAGUCGUUUGGCUCGUCAUAUCAGCAAUUGGAGCAUUUGCCUGGAAAAAGAUCAAGACACCACCCGUUGACGGAAACUCACCACCAUGGUAUCCCAGUCCAAAAGGCGGUACUUCUAAGAAUUGGGAGAAAAGUUAUGAUCAGGCUGCUAAGCUGGUUAGUAAAAUGACACUGGCUGAAAAAGUCAACAUCACUACUGGAACAGGAUGGAGUAUGGGUUUAGCAGUCGGCACAACCGGCGCCGCCAACAACGUCGGUUUUCCAGCUUUGGCAUUACAGGAUGGCCCUCUUGGAAUAAGAUUCGCGGAUAACGCGACUGCUUGGCCAGCUGGUAUCACAGUCGGCGCUACAUUCAACAAGAAAUUAAUGUAUGAGCGUGGAAGAGCUCAUGGCAAGGAAGCAAAGGGUAAAGGCGUCAAUGUCAUCCUUGGCCCGGCUAUCGGACCUCUUGGAAGAGCUCCAGCUGGUGGAAGAAAUUGGGAGGGUUUUGGACCGGAUCCUUAUCUGCAGGGCGUUGCUGGUGCUGCGACGAUAAAGGGAAUACAAGAUUCUGGAGUCAUGGCGACGAUAAAGCACUUUAUCGGAAACGAGCAGGAGCAUUUCCGUCAGGCGUGGGAAUGGGGCCUUCCAAAUGCCAUCUCUUCCAAUAUUGAUGAUCGGACGCUACAUGAGAUUUACGGAUGGCCGUUCCAAGACGCUGUCAAGGCUGGGGUUGCGAGUGUUAUGUGCUCGUAUAAUAUGGUGAAUAACUCAUAUGCCUGCCAGAACUCAAAGCUUUUGAAUGGCAUUCUGAAAGAUGAGAUGGGUUUUCAGGGCUUUGUCAUGUCGGAUUGGUUGGCGCAGAGAUCUGGUGUUGCAAGUGCUCUUGCUGGGCUGGAUAUGAGUAUGCCUGGAGAUGGACUCAAGUGGGCAGAUGGAGAAUCUCUUUGGGGUCCUCGACUCACGCAGGCUGUUCUGAACGGAUCGUUGCCUGUAGAUCGACUCAACGAUAUGGCGCUUCGAAUUGUCGCGUCUUUCUAUCAGCUUGGUCAGGAUAAGGAUGAGAAUAAGGGACCGAACUUUUCAUCAUGGACUUAUGAUAAGAAGGGGAAACUCGCACCUGGAAGUCCUUCGCCUCAAGAGGAGCAGGUCGUCAACCAGUACAUAAACGUGCAGGAGGACCACGCUGAGCUGGCUCGUCAGAUUGCUAUCGAGGGCACUGUUCUGCUCAAGAACGAUGGCGUGCUUCCUUUGACUCGUGAAGGCAACCUGGCCAAUCAAGCUGAUCAGAAGAAGGAAAAGAUCAAGGUUGGUAUUUUCGGCGACGAUGCUGGUCCUGGAAAGGGACUCAACUAUUGCCCCGAUCAAGGCUGCAACGAAGGGACCCUCGGCUCAGGUUGGGGCAGCGGAGCAGCUGAUUUCCCAUUUCUCGUCACCCCCGUUGAGGCGCUGCGAAAAGGCUUCAAGAAGGAUAAAGUCCAAGUCAGCGAAUUCCUAUCCAACAAGAUCAAAGAUCCAAAGAAGGUCACAGAACAGGAUGUCUGCUUGGUAUUCGCCAACUCUGAUGCAGGAGAGGGAUAUUUGUCUUGGAACAAUGUCCGAGGUGAUCGCAAUGAUCUCAACUUGCAGAAAGGAGGCGAUGCGUUGAUUAUGGAGGUCGCGAACCUCUGUGGUGGUGGAACUGGCACGACUAUCGUGGUUAUUCAUGCUGUUGGGCCUGUUGUCAUGGAGAGCUGGAUCAACCACCCGAGGAUCAAGGCUGUGUUGACAGCUAACUUACCUGGUGAGGAGAGUGGCAAUGCCAUUGCUAGCAUUCUGUUCGGUGACGAGAGUCCCAGUGGAAAGCUUCCGUAUACGAUUGGCAAGGCUCUUCCUGACUAUGGCGAGGGCGCUCAGAUCCUUUAUCUUCCCAAUGGCGUCAUUCCGCAGCAAGACUUCAAGGAGGGAUUGUACAUCGAUUAUCGCCACUUCGACAAACACAACGUGGAUCUUCGAUAUGAGUUUGGCUAUGGACUGUCGUACACUACAUUUGAGUUCAAAGACUUGAAGGUCUCAGUGAAGGAGGCAGUCGCACAACUCCCAGCCUCACGUUCCUCGCCUACGAGCGCAAAGCCGCCCAAGCUUGAUGAUAAGAUCCCUGAUGUCAAGGAGGGUCUUUGGCCAAAGAACAUUCGCAAACUGAAGAAGUGGAUUUAUCCCUACAUCGAUUCGCCCGAUGACAUCAAGAAGGGCGAUUACCCCUACCCCGAUGGCUACGAUAUCGAACAGCCCCCCUCUCCAGCUGGAGGUGAAGAAGGUGGUAAUCCUGAUCUCUGGAAGACUGUCGUCACUGCCUCCAUAGUCGUCACGAACACAGGCUCUGUGGAUGGCAAGGCUGUUCCUCAGCUGUAUCUCUCGUAUCCCGCAUCAUCAAAGGUUGACCAUCCUGUUCGCGUGCUGCGUGGUUUUGAGAAAGUUGCUUUAAAGAAGGGUGAGAGCAAGACUGUCGAGUUUGAAUUGACGAGGAGGGAUUUGAGCUAUUGGGAUGUGGAGGAGCAGAAUUGGAGGGUUACUGAUGGAGAGUUUACGAUUGCUGUUGGAGAGAGUUCGAGGAAUUUGAGGGCAACGGGUACAUUCAAGUCUGAUGGUACCCCAGGCCAUUUGAUCAUAGAGGGUUAGUACAGUUGUAUGCUUGGUUAGUCACCUCUUGAGCAUGGAUCACACAAUGCAGA